AUGGUCGCUAUGUGCGAUAUCCUCGAAGAACACAAAUAUCUUCUCUCCCAGGAAUCCGAAGUCUCUCAGCCCACGAGCAACCAUGUUGAUGACUGGGAAGUCGUGGAUCGAGUCCAUAUGUUUGACUUUGUCUGGCCCAAGGCUGGUAUGUUUGUCUGGAUUGAAGUUCUCUUUGAUAAGCACCCCCUGCGAUCUCAGUACAGCUCUGAGAGGCUUUCCCACGCGUUCUGGGUUCACCUCACCAAGAAGCCACACCUGUGUCUGCUCGGACCUGGUAGUAUGUUUGCCGCAACUGAGAAGUCUGCUGCGGACGCUCACAAGUACUUCCGCAUUGCCUUUGCGCCUAUGGAUGCGGAGGAUGUGGUGCCCUUCACUCGUAGGCUAAUGGAGGGCUUUAGAGCGUUUUGGCAGCGAAAGGAUUUGGAUGGGCUUGAAGAUGAUGAUGAUAAUGCGGUUAUGGCGAUGCAUAGUUCAAAACCGAGAUAUGGGGCUAAUUUCUUGGGAUCUGGUUAUUAA